CUCUCCAUCUAUAUAAGGAUGAAAGUUUCUUAGUUUUGAGUCAGAGUGAGCAAAGAGAGGAAAAAAAAAAAAAAAGGAAUUAAUAUUGUUGCAACCAGCACAAGAUGAGUGCCCAAGCAGAUGAAGUGCCCUCCGAAGGAUACAUAGUCAAUGUUGGCACUGGGGCUGGAGGUCGCAAUACCGGCGAAGGAUCCGGAAGUAUCAACAACAAUAAGGUGAGCGGACAAAUCAGCAUUACCUCCCCCCCAAAGCAACUGAGUGCGACAACCCCACCAGUUAACGCAACUUCCAACAGAGGCCCCGGCGCCGGGGCUGACAAUGAAGGUAGGAACUCUGGAAGUAUCAACUUCAAUAAAGGAAAAAUCGUGCUCUCUUAAUCCUAGCAAUAACAUAUUAUCAUAAGCUAGUAUAUGACUCUAUUGAGGCCCAGAGAUAAUAAAUAAAUAAUUACUUCAGCGCUGCUUCCAUGGAUGUUAUGUGAGCAGCCUACACCCUAGGCCAAAUGAGUAUGCUUUUGAAAAAAAUAUAUGUUUGUAAUGUGUUUUAUGAGUGCUAAUAUAUGGUACUUGUUGAG